CAGCGCAUGCUGCUCGGCGCGGCGGCGGCGGCGGCGGUAGUGGUAGUGGCGUCUCGGCCGAGCUGGGCGGUGAGGGAUGGAGCUGGGGUGGCUGCUGUGGGGCGCGGCGGUGCUGCUGCUGCUCCACGUCCUGAUGGAGCUCAGCCCCGCCGUCAAUUUCGCGCUGCGCAUCGGCCUCUACUGCCUGCUGUGCGUCGUUGCCUCGGCGCUGACGGUGCCCGCCUGCCUCCUGGUCAACGGCGGCCGCACCGUCAAGAACAUGAGAAUCAUCAAAACUGUGGUCAAGACCUUCAAGUAUUUCUUUGGCCUGAGGUUUGAGGUGAAGGGACUCAAGAACUUCGAAGUGGAAGGCCCUGCUAUCAUUGUGUCCAACCACCAGAGCAUCCUUGACAUGAUGGGGCUGAUGGAGGUCCUGCCCAACAACUGUGUCCAGGUGGGCAAGAAAGAGCUGAUGUACACCGGCACUGUGGGGCUCAUCAUCUACCUCGGUGGUGUCAUCUUCAUCAACAGGAAGAGCACCACCAGUGCCAAGAUGGUGAUGGCAGAGGUGGCCAAGACUAUGGCAACUGACAAUGUGAAGGUAUGGGUGUACCCAGAAGGCACGAGGAACUGCACCGGGGAUUUGCUGCCAUUCAAGAAAGGAGCAUUCCACCUUGCUGUCCAGGCACAGGUACCAGUGAUCCCUGUGGUGUAUUCCUCCUUCACCACCUUUUAUAACCCAAAGAAGAAUCUGUUUACAUCAGGCAAAAUCAAGGUUGAGGUUCUGCCUCCAAUAGAGACCAAAGGCCUGACAUCAGAUGAUGUCUCUGACCUCACUGACAAAUGCUUCUGCACUAUGAGGGAGACCCUCUUCAGGCUGUCCGGCCGUCCAAAUGAGGCAAAGGACUCAUCCUAGAUGCUUCUUCAGUGGUGUCACCACGUGGUGGUGGCUGAAGCGACUUCUCUGUUGCCAAAUACUGAAGGAACUCCUGUUCCUCAGCAGUGACUUCUAACUCUGGGAACACCAUGGAAAUGGCACACACAAGGUGUCAAGCCAGCGCUGAGGUUCCCUGUUGAGUGGAUUUCUCUUAUGGGUUCAUUUUCUCACAAUGAAACUUCUCCUUUUUCUGAAUUUCUCAGGCAUCAAACUUGUGCUACCAAAGGGCUCAAUGACCAGAGAGGUGAGUUCUCCCAGCCCAGGCAGCUGGCAUGGGCUGACAGCGAAAACCUGGCUGGAGGCUGGGCUCUGCCUCACGUGAGUGUUCCUGCAGGCUCAGCUAGUGCUGGCCUGGCCCUGUGCCGUCCCAGAUGGAAACCACCAGGCAGUAGUUUGUACCUGCAUAACUCUGCUGCUCAAACAGGGCUGAGAAUCGGGUGAAAAUCUAGGAUCUGGCUCCUCAGCAGUGCUGGGAGUGUGGCAUCCUCCCUGGGCAGCCCAGAGUGCUGCCAUCUGGCACGGUGCAGCUCACAGGGGCCAUCUCUGGGGCAGGGCCUGUCACCUUGAGAGACCCUUGUGUCACAGCAAUAUCUUGUGCUGGGGCUCUGCAUUGCCCAGGUACUCCUGAGCCAAGUCUUUCACUUCUGAAGGAAGCACCUAGGGCCAAUAACCUCAGCUGGGCCACAAAGGGGAAUGUGUGGAGCCAGUCUUGGUGUCUCUUAAGACUUGAUUGCCUUGUCUGAACAAGUGCCCUUGGUCAUUGAGGGGGUGCAACAGUGGAGAGGGAAGCUGCAGUCUGACCAAGCCAGCAUAUAUGGUCUGGGCAGUGUUUAGGUGAAUGCUGUCCAGUCUUGCUGGCUUAGUCACCUUCUGAAUGAAACCCCAUGCCUGUUUCUACCAUUCAGAGCCACCAGCUUGAUUUUGAAAACUGCACAGAUCUGCUGGAGUCCUGGGCAAACCUGUCCUCAUGUGUGGUGGCACACCUCUGGAUACUGUGUGUGUUGUGCACCUGGCUUGGCUCAGAGCCUCCUCGGUGUUGGGGAAACUGUGCUGCCAACUGCCUGCCGUGGCGGUGGUUCAGCCUGGUUGCAGCAGGCAUCCUGGUGUCUGCAGUACCCACUGAAGAUGCAAAGGGCUCUGUCACGCUCGUUUUGCCGCUUGUCAUGGUCAGCACUGGCCGAAAGAUGGUGCCUAUCCCGUGUGUCUUUGCUGAUCUCGGUGGAACCGCUCUGCAGGGCUUGUAAAGCUCCUGCAGUGCUGCAGGGUGGGUGAGCUGCAACUGGACAGGGGCAUGGAAGGCUUCAGCUCUCCCUUUGGGGGAAAUGAACUCCUUUCCCUGUUCAGAUAAACGGGUUUCCCCUGUGCUUUGGGGUGAUGGACUAGCAGGGCUCCUGGAUCCCAUGCUGGGACCUGCCCAAGUGUUGAUGCCAUCUGCAAAGAGCAAGGCUGGGUCAGGCCCAUGGUUCUGGGGGGCUUUAGCUCUCCUGUUCAUGGCGCAGGCUUUAUAACUUUGCGAUAAGUCACCUGUGGCUACUUGGUAACCACUGAAUCUGGCUUUUGCUGCCUGCGUUGGUGGCAUUGUGGUCAUAUGGCAUUUUGGGGUUAAAGCCUCAACUGGGACUGGCAGGGAGUUCCCAUAGAGCCAUUGGUCCCCGAGGGAGGGAGCCUUCGGGCUGUGCUGGUGGAGGCCAAGGGGCUUUACUGGAGGGGCCUUACAGUACAGACUCAGGGGUCAGACCCGCUGUGGGACGGGUCGGGGUGGGAGGAUGGGAACCAAACCAGCACUUUGUAAGAGUGGCAGAUAAAGGGCUGUCAUGGAGGUUAAGCCCAGGAGGGUCCUGGGGGUGACAACCACAUCCACAGAGUGAAUCCUGCAACAUCCGAGCCUGGGAGGAGGGAGCAGUGCCUCUGUGCAGUUCUCUGCUGUUCACUUUUAAUUGGGUUGAGAAUAAUGUUAUGUGCUUUUAAGGAGAGAGGAAGAAAAAAAAAAAGUACACCUAUGGUUAUUUAAAUUAAA